AUGUUGUUAAAAUUCGUUCUGCUAACCAUCGGUAUCGGAAGCGCCUCUAUAUCUCUACCGGAACAGGUCGACUUGUUACUAUGCCAGGCUACGGCUGAUAUACUCGAAGAAAGCUUCACCGUCGACGUAAGAGUAAUUCGCUUUUCGUUAUAUCUCACCAGCAGGUGGAACAGCUUCGUGUCCAGAGUUCUGGUUCGAGUGGAUAAUUUGGUUCCCGUACUCAUCGAUCGUAUGGACAAAACACCUAUGCCUCCGAAAGUACGUCACAACGUGAUUUUGCUUGAUUCUACCCUUGCAUUCGAAAUGUUCAGACGCUCCCUGAACAAACAAAUCUACGACUUCACAGGAUUCUACCUGAUAGUAGUACUUCAACGAAGUACCCCCUGGAUGCCAGCAAAAAUCCUUAAACUCAUGAGUGAUCUGCUGAUUUUCAAUGUCCUUGUUGUGUACUGUGAACAGGACAACGUGUUGCUCUACACUUACUUCCCAUUUGGCUCUCUCAACUCGACUAAACCUUACGUUUCUCUUUGGAACUUCUACCAGAGUGGAACUUUCAACGAAGCGAAGCCAAACUUCCCGUUCAAAGCUGGCAAUCUGUUCACAACGUCCCUCAACGUGGCCCUAUUCGACAUCGAACCUUUCAUGAUGAUUAGUUACGACGACGCGAAUCGACCAGUUGACUUCAAAGGUAUCGAUGGUUAUCUACUGAAGUGUUUGUCGACGUUGUUGAACUUCACCAUCAUUCCGCACAUAGAACCCUUGCUUAAAUGGGGAGAACUUCAAGAAAACGGAACCGCAACUGGAGCAACUGCACUGCUCCUCAAUCGAACUGCCAAUUUCACUUUGGGAUUCUUCGGCUACAGUUACCAGAGGUUGCGAUUCAUGUCCACUACCUUUUCAUACCACCAAACCUUCCUGGACAUGGUCGUUUCUCCCGGUCUCGAAUACGGUCGAUUCGAGAAAUUGCUUCUCCCGUUUCACAAGUGGCUUUGGAUCAACUUUAUUGCUGUGCUGUUGAUAGGAAUUAUAACGAUUAUCAUUCUCGGAUCGUUUCCUGUAUCCGUCAAUAGCAUCGUCUACGGUUCUUCCAACCAAACGCCGAUGCUUAACUUUUUUCGAACGGCAAUGGGCUUCGGAGUAACGCCCUUUCCAAAACAGAAUAUUGCUCGCACCCUUCUUAUACUCUGGAUCUUCUGUAUGUUCAUGCUUCGUACCGUCUAUCAACAGAUUAUGUUUAAGAACCUGUACCGAUCCCAGAACCGUAGCACUGUCGACAACUGGCCCCAGUUUGUAGCCGAAGAUUAUCGAAUCUACGCUAUUCCAAGAGAAUUGUAUCUAUUCAAUGGUAUUCCCCAAUAUGUUAAGAAGCAGUUCACACUCAUACACAUCUCGGAGAUAGACUCAACUCUACUGGCUAUCCGCAGUGGCAACCUCCGAGGUGCUCGAGUAACUCUUCCGGAGCAGAUCCAUUACAUGAAUCAGAAGACGCUCCCGACGGGCAACCCAGAAAUCUACCGGCUCUUUCGAGAACACCUCUAUAGCUACUCUCUAGGUAUUUUCUUCUGGAAAGAUUCGCCCCUAGUUGAGCCUUUCGACUACCACAUUCGAAACCUGGUGACACACGGUUUCAUCGAGUGUUGGAAGGACUGGACCCUGGAUCGGCACCUGGCCAAAGCGGUGCGCCGGCGAAUGGCGAAGGCAUCGGCCCGGCAGAUGUCAACGGCGAUGUUGAGCGGCGUAUUCGGGCUGUACGCGAUGGGUAUGGUGUUGGCGAUCGUCACCUUCGGGGUCGAACUGUUGCUGCAUUCGUGGUGCGAUCGUCAUAGAACCAGCAGAGGAGGUCGUCGAGGUGCACGUGUUUGA